GCGUCAACGAAAGAGUAGGCUAAUAAACCGCCGACAGGCCGCAGAUAAACUACUGUUCUAUGUAUACUGUGGUAUCUUUCAUUCAUUCUAAGGAUGGGCAAGACGCAAGAUCGGUAUCGAAUAGAUUCUUUAUGGAGUAUCGAUUAUUAUAAUAUAAUAUUCAUGGAUCUAUUGUAUACUAACACAUGGAUCUAUGUUGUCCGAAUAAUAAAUGAUUUGAAUUUGAAUAUUUCAUUUUUGUUAUUAGUGAUCUAAAAGUGAUCCCAAAAUAUGUAUUGCAUAGUUAAUUAAAUACGCAUAUAGAACAUGAGGUGUAGAUAUUAUAUCUAGAGAAAUCAAACCAGUAUUCUACAAAAUUUCAAUUAAGAAAGCAAACUUGAACACUCAGCUGGAAUGAAGUUUAAAAUCAAUGUACAUACUACUACUAUACUAUACACAACACGGUACGAAAUAACUGACGGUUGUGAAGGAGAAAACUCUAACACUUUUUUCCAUCCUGCCCUCGGUAAGUCCGUUCCCUCCGAAAAGAAAUUUUAUGCAGAAUUUCUGUGUAAAACGAAAACAGCCAAAGAAAAAAAAAACUUUGAUCAACAAUACUUUAAGGAGAUGAAUAAAAUCGUUAAUAUAGAAAUAUCGAUUAUCAAGCCUAGCAGUUCAUUCAUUUUUCUUUCAUUGAUUGUCUGUCCCUGUCCGUCCAUUCAUGACUGACUUCAUGUUUUCGGCGUUUUCCAUUCAAUUCACUUUUCAUUUCUUUCAUAGCGACUACACGGCGUAUUCGCCAUAAAAUUGAUAAAUUUUAUUCAUUAAAAAAUUGUUACCGUCGAAUUAUUAUCUGAAUCUAUUUAUUUAGUUUGUUAUAUUUUGUGUGGUGCUGUUAUAAUAACAGUUUGAUCUCAGUAAGUUAUGGACAUUUACUAAUUUAUAAAAUCCGGUACCUAUUACAUAGAAAAAACAAACUUUUAAACUACAAAAUAAAAUUGUUAUUAAUAUAAAUAAAUCAAAUUACCAUUUUAAACUAUAAGCAAUAUCAUUAAAAUACCUUAUUUUCUUUCUUUAUUUCAAUUUUUGGAUUGUUACAAAAGUUGUGCAAUAGUUUAUAAGUUUGUUUUAUUUUUAUUGUACCAAGAAAAGUUGUUUUUUACUAAGAAAAUAAUAGAUACUCAAUUUUGGUGCCACAUUGUUUUUAAGCUUUACUAAAAUAUUCGUCAGUGACGCUUUUUAAUCAGAUAAAAUGUAUAUUUUACAAGUUACAAAAUUUAGGGAUACACCAAUAUUCACUUCAAAACUUUUAAAAAUUGCUUACAACACAUACCUAUAUGAAUUUGCAAAAUAUUGGGAAGUGAUAUUAGAAAAAUAAAAGACAAUUACUUUGACCUUAUUCUAUCGUAAUACAACUAACUGUGAUGCCUUGCAAAAAGCUUUUGAUGUGGAAAUUCUUUUGUAAGUAAGUAAGUUUUUUAUAAAUUAGUUGCUAUUUUUAUAUUUAUUAAGUUUUUUUUAUUUGUGUUAACACAGGUAUUUUUAAUUGUAAUGUCUUAUUUUUGUAACAAAGCCAUAUAUGUUAAUUUGCUGUAAACCAAAAACUAUAAUUUUAAAUUGGAUACUUUCACUGGUUAAUUCUGAUUUAUAAUAGUAUUUAUACAGAGUUUUUGUCACAUCUUUCAUCAACAUCCCCAAUAAUGGUGUUGACUCUCUAAACUUUAAACUUUAUUUAACAUCAGUCUCUCCUUUUUAUUCUGUAUAGAGAAUGACAAGGAUACACUGUUGUCAAAUUUAAGUUUAGAUUUAGAGACGUGCCAAAAUCGACACCAAUAUUAAGCUAAAUGUUCCCAAGUACAUUCUCUAUUGAUGGAGAAUUGGUAGAAAAACCAAUAAAAGCUUAGCUUUCUUUUAGAUUGAAUUCCUGUCAUUACUUCAAAUACAAAUUAAGUGGACUUAAGUCCAUGUGUAACUCAGUUUUCUAUCUUUUAGGGUUCCGUACCCAAAGGGUAAAAACUAUUACUAACCCUAUUACUAAGACUGCUGUCUGUCUGUCUGUGACCAGGCUGUAUCUUAUGAAUGCUGAUAGCUAGACAGUUGAAAUUUUGACAAAAUAUGUAUUUAUGUUGUUGCUGUAACAAUAAAUAUUAAAAACAGAAUAAAAUAUUUAAUGGGGGCUCCUAUAUAACAGAUGUGAUUUUAUUGCUGUUUUUUGCUUGAUAUUAUAUAAUGGUGUCUAAUGUUGUUUAAAUAAAUAAACCCUUCACCUGCACUUGCACUUGCCCAGUUUUUUUUCUAUAGAAGUAAUUCUUUAAAAACAUAUUUAAUGUGCAAUAAAAAGGUGCUUUCUGUCAGAUUAAAAUGUGAAUAAUUUUGACAGGGUCUAAAAGAUGGCCCUUAAUAUAAAGGAUAAACAAUCCACUAUGAAUAGAAAGCUCCAUAAUCUAGAACAAAAUUUUGAAAUAUCUAGGGUUUUUUCCUGUACCCCAAUAUCCAGUAUAGGUAUUUAAUUAAAUGACUCAUAUUGCCUUGCUAUAUUAUGUAGCUAGGUAGUUAUCUAAAGUAUUGGUGUCAUACAGGAUGACGGUAUGGUAAUUAUGGUUCAGUAGCCAUAGAACUGUAUAAAUAAUUACAAAUUAAAACAUGACCUUGUUGCAGAAAACAGAAAAAAGGAAAGUACAAUGCAAUAUCAAUAUUACAAUCUCAAACAACUUUCAUUUCAUUUGAUACUGUUUCAUCAAAUCAAGGAUCUUUAAGGCACAAAGUCAUGUAGUUAUUAUGUUACCUCUAAAAUAAAAUGUAAGUUACUGUCAAAAUGCUAAUGAAUUGCAUAAAAAACUUAUCAUAUCUUAUUUUCUUUCAUAACAUACAAGCAAUUUAUGAAAUUGGCAGUAUAAUUUCCAAUUAAUUACUUUUUUUGCAUAGUGAGACUUGGCCUUGCCGCACGUUAAUUUAUUUUCGUAGAAUUAACUAUGACCUGUAUUUUGAUGGCAUUAAAGUUGAAUUUACUCUGCGAUUUAAUUGUGGAUCGGUCACCGACCAGCCUUCGAGUUUAGUUGCUGUCGUGCGACUUUGAUUCGCAAUUUAUCUUACCUGUGAUCUCAACAUUGGUUGCCUACUACGAAAUGUGUGAACAUAGCUAAGUUCAAGAGAAUGUUGUUUGUUAAAGCCUAGCACACAGCUUUUUCCUGCACCUGGCAGAAACACCACUAGUUUUUUGUAUAAAAAAUAUUGUGCAAUUUUUCGUCCGUAAGGACAAUCACCACAUCGGUCUUUCCAGCUAUAUUUGUAUCCAGCGGCUUCCUGCGACUUCGAGCAAUCUGUUCCGAUCUUCUACUAAGGUCUCCAGCCAUAAGUACAGCUACAAGCGAAUUGAAGUUGUAUAAUACAUAUAUAUAAUAAGGUGUAUACUCGCUAUUAUUGUUAAAUGCCACGUCCUUUUCACUCCAGAAGCUUAAAAAUGUCCUCCAACCCAGCUGUGAACAGUUUCGGACAUAUUAAAUCUCCUUCUUUCACGCCUCAUUUCAGUUAGAUAGCAUUUUAGCGCUUGGUUGCUGUUGGACUGAAAUAGUGGCGCCUUUGGAGAGACUGUAGCACCGCCCAGUAGGCCUAUUCGCUUUAUUUACUGAUCUACUACUGCUUUAUUAUAAUGCCACUGAGGUACUUGUGCUAAAACGCGUCGAUGGAUAUGCAAUUUUCACUUUAAUUGUAUACUGUUGAACAGGCAACGACAAAAAAGUUAGCGAAGAGGCAAACAAGUCUCAAUCGUAUCAAAGGCAUUCUCAAAUCCACGAAAGUGGCAGAUUAUACUAUUCAGUCUUCUGUAUAACGUGCCAAAUGCCGCGGAGUCGGACUUGGAAGUCGUACAAACUGCGUGUGAGACGAUUUAUAAAAUUACUCUAAAAAAACAAGUAACUUAAGUCAUUAUUAUUAUUUAUCUUACUCGUUCAUUGUUACCUAUUUCCUACCAAGAUUAAACAAUCGUAUCAUUAUGCGAAUGUUGUACAUCUGAUUUACAUAAAAAUAUUUCGAGACAUCAAUAUGUGAAUUAAUAGUUUAAAAAACUAAAAACACGCUUUUACUUACUGCACUAAAAAGUCAAAAAUAAACAAAAUAUACUCUGUGUUUACUUCAUUAGGGCUUUAGAGUAAGCCAUGCUUAUAGUUGAUAUUAAGAUUUAAAAGAUAAUAGAUAAAACUCUGAAAGCGAUUUUUUUUUCUCGUUUUCGCAAUAUUUUUCAUUGAUGCUCCGCUCUCCUAUUAGUUUUAUCGUGAUGAAAUAUAACCUAUAACCUUCCUCCAUGAAUGGGCUAUCACAAAAAGGUAUUUCAAUUUAAAUCAGUAGUUCCUGAGAUUAGCGCGUUCAACCAAACAUUCAAACAAACAAACUCUUCAGUUUUGUCCUGUCCUAUGUCUAGCAAACUUCACUGAAUUGUAAAUUAUAAUGAAAUCCCAACUAAGAUUAUACCAUGACGUUAAAUAGAUCGUUUCAUAAUUAUAUUUUCAGGGAUUUUUAUAUGCUAAAAGUAAAAUAACCAUGUUAUUGUUUACCUACUUACUAAUCUUUGUGCUAAUUGAAGUAGGGAAAACCAAGAAGCUUUAACACUACCGAGAGAUAAUAAAGAUAAAAGAUUCUAUUAAAUGCACAAUUAGUUUAUUGUCUUGGUCUGAGUAAGGCAGUCUAUUGAUUACACCACUCAAGUAACAUUUUGCAAAUCGAUGAGAAAACACUGCGAAAGCAGUACAAGAUUUUUCUUUCUUUAAUACUUAAGUAUAGCUGUUUGCUUUUGUGUGCCGCAGUUAAAAUAUAUCAAAGGGUUAUGUAGUAGGUAGGCGAUGGUUUGGAAAACUAUCACUAUUAUGCUUUUUUAUGUAAAAAAAAUAGUAAACAAGCUAUAUAUAUGAUAUGAGUCACAUCUGGUAUGUGCCUGAUGGUAGCUAGCUGUCACCAAUCUUGCAGAGGCGAAGCGCUUCGAGGUCUCCUUUUUAUCUCCGAAGGACACGGGGCUAGUUUACUCGCUGCUAGCGAACUCGCGGGCUUGUAGCUUGUAAAAUAGCAUCGAGGCUUAACGUUUCAUAAAUUCGCUUCGAUGCGCUUCGACUCUGCACUUAUAUGAACUGACCAUUAGACGUUAGCGAUACCAGAGUGUCACUUGCGUGGUUGCAUACAACCCUAAUGCAAUCCUCUGCGCCACGGAGCCUUAGAACCAUUCUCACAGACAAACACAACAGCACCUAAGGGCAGUGAUAAAAACUCACUUUGUAAGACGUGAAGAAGAAGAAGGAGGUUAGUUCCACAGGACGGGAGCUCCAAUUCUAGUGGCAAAUCCGACAUAUACUGCCUCUCUUUGGCUUCUUUGUACACUCGGAUUAAAUCAUUUAAUCUGACCAAUUUAAUGUUUUUUUUAUAUUUAGAUAUAAAGUCGAGAAGGUAAUUAAAGUUUGAAAAGAUCUUGCGUAACUGUAAAUACAUAUGUAAUCUAUACAUUUAAUAAAAUGAUAGGAAAGUCAAAACUGUACAUUGAAUAUUUCUUAAAAGAAUACUUGGGGUGUGAUCUACAAUCGAUACCGAAGCCAAAAAUAUAGUUUUCAGAAUUUUUAACUGCUUGUCUGUAUGUAUGUCCGGGAUAAACUCAAAAAGUACUGCAUGGAUUUACUUCAAAUUUGGCACGAAUAUUAUUAAGAAGUUGGGUCAACAUAUAGGCUGCACAUUGUCACGCUAUCACCUACGGGGACACAGGAAACAGCGAACCUUUAUUUCUUCAAACGCAUUCUGUAACAACGUGUAAUUGUCGCAGCGAAAUACCACUCACUGAAAAUCUCAGAAACUAUAUACAUCUACAAACUUAAAAUUUGGCAGGUCCAGAAAUAUAUUGUUUUGUAUGCAAAUGUAUUUCAAGAACCAGUGAAGUACCUGUGAUAAUCAAAGUGAUUUAAAGUUAUUUAUUGAAUUAUUACUAUGGACCCUAAAUAUUAUGAUACGGAAAGAGAACAAAAUCCGAGGGAAACAGCGAGAUUCUUUUCACAUAUAGGUUAUUGGUACACUCGACCUAUCUUCAAAAAAGGCAGAAAUGGACAACUUAGCAUGUCGGACAUUUACAGAUGUAUGUCUAUGCACAGGGCGGCACCCCGAGGGGAUGAAAUUGGAAAAAAAUGGAAACAGGAAUUACAAAAGAAAAAUGAAAAUAGGAAACCGUCGCUGCUUCGAGCAAUUGUCAGGAUAUAUGGUUGGAGGUUCCUUUUCUUAAAUAUAUUAUUUUCCUUCGGUGACACCACUGUAAAAUUAGCGGUACCGCAGUGCCUUGACGGACUUCUCAGUUAUUUUUCCCCAUCUCAUGGGGGAGUGCCAAAGACGCACGCGUACUUAUAUGCUGGUGGCAUCAUUGGAUUACAGUUGAUUCAAUCAUCCAUACUGCCGCCAAUGCUACUAUGGCUCUUGGAGCUGGGCCUCAAAGUACGAGUUGCCUGCGGCUCUCUGAUAUACAGAAAGCUUCUUCGUCUCGAUUUGAACUGUGGCGGGCAAGCAUCAGAAGGGUUAACUGGACAUGUGAUAAAUUUAUUAACAACUGAUGCAGAUCGUUUCGAUAUGGCAGCUUUAUUCUUAAUGGAGUUCAUACGUGCACCCCUUGAAAGUGCAAUCAUUGUAUAUCUCAUGUAUCGACAAAUAGGCGCCGCUAGUUUAAUCGGUGUCGCAUUCAUCGUGCUCUUCAUACCUUUACAAGGGUACAUUGGCAAGAUAUCCAGCAAGUUACGGCACCAGACCACAGUCAGGACUGAUAAUAGGAUUCGCAUGAUGAAUGAGGUCAUACAAAGCAUUGAGGCUAUCAAAAUGUACGCGUGGGAGAAGGCGUUCGCGAAAAUGAUCAGUUUUGCAAGAAGAAAAGAAAUGGAUAUCAUCAAAAAAAUGUCGUGGCUACACGCCGUCAUGUUAUCUUGCGUUAAACUGAACACCAAAGUGGCCAUAUUUCUUAGCAUAAUAUCGCUGAUCACAUUCGAUAAUCAUCUCACUGCAGCAAAAAUAUACGUAGCACUCAGCUACUACGAUAUGCUUCGGUUGAAUUUGAUAGAUUUCUUGCCACUAGCGAUAAGUUCCACCCUUGAAGCUAAGGUGAGUUUGAAUAGGAUGCAAGAGUUUUUGCUACUCAAAGAGGUGGAAAAUAAUAAUGGUAUUGAUUUGGUUACUAUUGAUGAAGACCAGACCGAUCCUAAAGGUGCAUCAAAGACAACGAGCAAUGGAAAUAAUGUAAUAGACAGCCAAGUGAAAUCGAGCAUGGAAGAACCUAAGCCUCCUGUUCUAAUAUCAAUGCAGAAUUACACUGCGCACUGGACGAACACAGAUGACGAAUCUUUAGAAAAGGUUACCGCGCUAAACAAUAUUGAUCUGAAGAUUAAACCGGAAAUCCUAACCGUAGUAAUAGGCACAGUUGGUGCGGGUAAAUCUACACUACUGCAAGCAAUGUUGGGAGAGCUGAGUCCCACAAGUGGGAAGCUAGAGGUUCACGGAAAACUUGCAUACGCUGCGCAAGAUCCGUGGCUAUUUGAAGCGUCGGUUCGUCAAAACAUUCUGUUCGGUCAAAAGAUGGACUACCGGCGGUACAAUAAGGUGAUCGAGUGCUGCCAGCUCAAAACAGACUUGGAUAUACUCCCGCACGGGGACAAGACUAUUGUGGGCGAAAGAGGUGUAUCUCUUUCUGGCGGACAAAGAGCUCGGAUAUCGUUAGCUCGUUGCGUGUACCAGAAUGCUGAUGUUUACCUCCUGGACGACCCAUUAGCAGCUGUCGAUGCUAAAGUAGCGCACGCGAUCUUCAUGGACUGCGUACGCGGGUUCCUGCGGUCUCGCGCCGUAGUUCUGGUUACGCACAAUGUUCAGUACGCACCCUACGCAGACCAGGUUAUCGUCAUGAGGGAUGCUCAGAUACAACUACAAGGAUCAUACGAUGAAUUGAAAAAUGAAACUAGCGAAUUUGAGAAACUGGUAGAAGUCUCUGACAAGAACGGCGAAUUGGUCAACAGUGAAAAACAGGAGAGUGCUAAACACAAAUUCCGAUCGCAAAAAUCCUUAUCUGGGACUUCACAACUCUCUUUUAAUAUGGACAUGAACAACGAAAUGGACCCAGAUUAUGAAGGGGAGCAUCAAAACGAGGGGUCUAUAUCUAAAGAUGUGUACCUCGCUUACGUCAAGAGUGGUGGCUCGAAAUGGACCAUGUUCCUACUUGUUUCCUUGUUUGUCACCGCGCAAGUGUUCUACUCGUCUUCAGACUUGUGGUUACAAGAGUGGGUGAACAUAGAAGAAGAAAAUCUCGCUGAACUUCUAGUACAAACAAACGAAACACAAACAAAUAUAACAUUAUCCAACACGACAACUGUGGACCCAGAAUCGAGUGUGGUUUACGAGGAGCUUGCGUCCAACCGCUUCGGUCUCACCCGUGAGCAGUGCAUGUACGUGUUCGGCGCACUGAUAGGUAUCUGCGUCUUCUUCACUUGGAAUAAAUUAUUCUUCUUCUACAACACAUGCAUCAAGGCUUCGAUAGCACUACACGAUAACAUGUUUAGAGGUGUUACCAACGCCCCCAUGUGGUUUUUCCACCACAACCCUUCGGGUCGCAUUCUUAACAGGUUUUCUAAUGAUAUGGGACUGAUAGACACAGAAUUGCCCGGCUCUUUGGUUGACUGUGCUGGGUUCUUCCUAGAAGUAGUGUUCAUAUUGAUCGUGGUCUGCCUAAUAAACUGGUGGCUGAUUCUGCCUACCAUAGGGCUGACAGUCGUUCUGUUCAUGUUGCGCAGUCUGUACGUCUGUACCAGCCGUGAGUUGGAGAGGAUUAAAGCUAUUGCGAACAGCCAAUCCCUGAACCAUGCGACGUCAACAGUAUCCGGUUUGACCACGAUCAGAUCGUGCGGAGUCCAACAACGUACAGUUGCUCAGGAGUUCGACAAGUCACAAGACUUGCAUUCAUCCGCGUGGGUGCUUAUACUGGUCGCCACGCGCGCCUUCGAGUGGUGGAUGGAUAUGCUGUGCUGCGCGUUCUUAGCCUGCGUCGUAGGCAGCUUCCUUCUGAUGGACGCUGAACAAACUGCAAGUGGCAGCGUCGGUCUAGCCAUCACUCAAGUACUAGGCCUCGUUGGUAUGUGUCAGUUUGGCAUGCGGCAGACUGCUGAAAUGGAAAACGAAAUGACUUCUGUUGAACGAAUAUUGGAGUAUACCAAUUUGCCGUCAGAAAGCCCAGUGGAGCCCGAUAUACACGCCAUAAAGAAUAAACAUCCAGGACUGGAUCUGGACAGCUGGCCUGCUAAAGGUGAAAUAGUCUUCGAAGACGUAUCUUUAGAGUACGAGAAGCCGCCAAAGAAGGAAAACGUCAAAGGGAACAAGAAGGGAAAGAAAGCGGUAGAAGAAGAACACAAGGGACAUAGCAAGGAAGAGCCGGUAUUCGCCAUCAACGGCGUCAGUUUUAAGAUCAAGAGUUCGGAGAAGGUUGCUGUGGUAGGCAGGACUGGAGCCGGCAAGAGUUCUUUGAUCAGCGCACUGUUCAGAUUGAACCGCAUAACCGGGCGCAUCCUCGUGGACGGCGUGUCUGCCGAAGAGACUGGGUUACGUACUUGGCGUUCGCAUCUAUGCGCGUUGCCGCAGCGACCCGCGUUGUUCGCCGCCAGCCUGCGCGACAACCUCGACCCUGCCGGCGAGUACAGUGACGCACGCGUGCACCGCGCCCUCGAACAGGUGGAACUACGCGAGAUGGUGAGCAAACUACCCGCCGGUUUGAACAGCAAAGUUGGAGACGGCGGCGGCAACCUGUCAAGUGGUCAGAGACAGUUGGUGUGUCUGGCUCGUGCCGCCCUCGCCGGCGCCCGCCUUCUAGUACUAGACGAGGCCACCGCCAACGUGGACGCCGCGACAGAUAAACAGAUCCAGAUGACGAUCAGGAACAAAUUUGCCGAUGCCACAGUCCUCACCAUAGCUCAUCGGUUGAACACUGUCAUGGAUUACGACAGAGUCAUUGUUAUGGACAAGGGUCGUGUUGUAGAAUCUGGCCAUCCCUACGAGUUACUCACUCAAAUGAACUCUACUAACAAUCAGGCUCCUCUGGUUGCAGCUGAAAACUCCUCCUUGAGAAGUAGGACGUACUCUGAUAAGUCAGAGACUACUGGUAUAUUCAACAUGUUGGUCGAGCAGACUGGGAAGGAUUCAUCCGCGGUGUUAUACAAAAUGGCUGAAGAGAGUUACAACAAUAUGCUGAAGAAGAAAAUCUCUUAAAUCAACUCAAUAUUUUUACAUAAACAGUAUACGUAUGCGUACCUACGAUAGCGAACUUACAGUCAGAAUGGCUUUAGUUAAUUAUACUACUUAAACUUGAAUCAACUUCACAAAAUUUCCUAUCCUGACUCAGUUUUUUCUAAGCACUAUAAAAUAUAUGAGUACAAUGAAUCCCCAAUGCAAUAGACGGAAUAAACAGGUCCUGAACAAAAUAAAUAAGUACACAAUACUAAGCUCAUAAUAAUAAACGACCACUAAAUUCGAACUAAGUAUAGUCUGUGCGGAAAGAGAAUGGGCGUGGCGAAAAACCCAGCAAUCUGUAAAACGUCAAAGUUUUGUAUUGAUACGGAUUUGUUUGUUGUUGUGAUUUCUUGCGGUUUUUUGUAUUUAAUCAUUUCUAAAAGGGGUAAAACCUUACAAAUACGGUAGAAAAGCACUAAAGCGCCCCCCAAUCUAAAUCCCAUUCUCUUUCCGCACAGACUAAAAAUUUCUCACAGACUAAAUAUAUUUUGGCACUAGUAGUGCGAAAUAACUGAAAAAUAAAGUUAUUCUGCCGCUAUAAACUAUAUUUAUGGCAAUGAAUCGCCAUGCAUAUGCUAUAAUUUAUUUUUGAUGUGUAACAUGUUUCCUCUCGCUUUCCUGCAAUUUGAUUACGUGAAGUGGGACGGAAGUAUGUAACAGGAAGUUUGGGAAGCGCGCGCUAUAUGAUUUGAUUUUAGAACAUAAUGUUCAAAUGGCUUAUUCCUUUUGUAGCAGUAGGUUUUAUUUCUUUUUUUACUAAUAUAAGGUGAGGUUUCAAAUGUUACACAUCAUACGCGACUACUGUAAAUCUCGCUCUUUUUUUUUAAUUAUUUAUCACAACUAAGCAUAAUUAAGUUGUAGUUAUACAAACAGGAAAUUAAUACCUUUUGUUUCUUUGAAUUUUAAGAAGUUAAAAAUCUUAAAUCGCAUAAAAUUCGGAAAUUGUGUUUUCAUUGUAACAGCAAGCUGCUAACUUCGUUGCGAUAUAAUUAAAAAAAUAUAUAUUAAUUUGUAGCAGAUUAGCUUUACCUGUUGAUAUGCCGUCAAGAAGUAGUGAAUAGUAACAAAGUUUACUAUGCCUGCUACUACACAAUCGUUAUGAAUGUAAACCUACUUACAUGACGGAUCAAUUUUCAAUAGCUAAUAGUACUUGAGACAGAAUUUUAGUUCUCUUAAUUUACCCCUAGUGGCGGAAUAUUUUUAUUUAUUCAGUGAAAACUGUUGGCAAGCUAGACACAUCGUGAACUACACUUGUUUACCUCCAGUGAUAAUAAACAAGUAUAAUAUCAUCAUCAGCCUAAUAAUGUCACUCCUGGGGCAUAGGCCUUCCCUACGGAUGGAAUAGGGAGAUUGGGCCAUGACCCACCACACGGGCCCAGUGCGGAUUGGUGGGUGCUAACGACUGCAGAUGCAGCCGGGACCAACGGUUUAACGUGCCUUCCGAAGCACGGAGGAGCUCGAUAUAGUAAAUUUUUGGUCACUCAUCCAAUGACCGACCACUUGCGCCAUCGAGCUCCGAGUAUAAUAUAUUAGGUACUAAUUGUUUAUGUAUCGUUAUUUUCAAAGCUAGACAUCAGUAGAUGGAGUAAUUUGCAGCGCCUUAUAAAACAAAUGUGAUACAAUUUGAUACGGCAAUAACAACACCAACAGUGCCUUAGUACAAUGGAUCUGGGUUUCGAAUAAUGCAUUUGUUCAUGUUAUGAGCAUUUAGCGCAGAACCAUUAAACACUAUAUUAUUAACUAUUUUAUAUGAAGUAGGUACCGUAAGGUAUUAGUCAUAAUAAUAUAUAUAAUAUUCUAAUAUAUAUUGUAUGACAAGUACAAACUCGGUGCUUGGUUUGAAACUAAAUCAAUGAUAUUUUAGAACAAAUAUAUCAAGUUGCAUAGCAACCUUUUGUUUUAGUAUGUAUGUAAUUUAGUUUAAUUACUUACAGGGUGCACAAACAGUGGUAAUAUAAUAUACCAUAUCAUUGUACGUAGUGAUAGAAUAGUUAACAUUCACCAGUGUUUCACGCUUGUAUAAAUUAUUAAAUUAUUGUUCAAUAAAUAUGUGGUGCUAAGUACUUUUUGAAUGUUACGAAUUUAAUGUUUCGGCAUUUUAUGUUACUUAAUGCAGUAUUAUUUUACUAUUUAAAUUAAUUUAUUUAAGAAGAAUUGUUAUUUCGAAUGCAGAAAACUUAUUGUUGCUUAUUUUUUUACAAUUUUAUAUAGAUUACUUAUAUUAUUUUACUAUGAAAGUGCUAUGAAACUACUAUUUACAUCACAAAAGAUAUUUUAGAAUAAGAUUCUUAGUACUUAUAGGUAUAUCAAAACUUUAAUCAAAUUAUUUUAUAAAGAACCUUCAAAAAUAUAACCUAUAAUAGGUGAAAAAUUAAUAAUUUUAGAAAAUUACGAGAAAUUUAAAUGUAAUAUUAUAAAAAUUUCACAACAAAAUCAAUUAUGUACUUAAAAUCUUUUCAAAACUGAAAAUGUAUUUAUUUGUAAUAGGUAGCAGGUAUACAAUUAAACUGGGCAAAUAAUGGUGCUUGUUUUCACUACACAAAUAAAUUAUAUUUUAAACAGGUGCUUACAAUUUAUAUUCGUCAAUACAUACGUAACUAUAAUAUAUUAUAAAUGUUUUUAUACAAUUAUUACUUUUUGCAAGCGUUCUUGCCUUAAUUUUAAGUGAAAUAACAAACUUUUGUGUGAUGCACAUGCACGUUAAUUGUAGAUUGUCAGUGAUUAAGCACAAAAGGGAAUUUUGGGAAUUGGAAAAGGGAACCGUGCAUACAAAAAUGAAGCUGGAAUAUUUUAUUUUUACAGGAAAUCAUGAAUGUACCGUACACAUAUCAUUAAUUCAAACGUCGCACAUUCCAACAUCAAUUCGAUUUUAUUUAUUUCCUAUAUAUUAUUAAUCAAUGCAACCAUACUCCUGUUUAUUUGUUACUAUUCAAUAAACAGUGAAAUUCACAAUA